AUGCGCAAGAAGGCUGCACAGGUUCGCAUCGACGUUAUCGGCAGGGAGAGGACAAGGCGGCUGCUGCAGAUGUGCCUCCUCGCUUUCCAAGAGGAGGCCGUGGAGAGCCGCGCUGAGAGGCUCCUCGAGGAGCUCAGAUCGCAGCAGGACGACCAGCUGCUGGUUCUGAACGCCCAACUGUCGCAGUGCCUGGGCGACGACGAGAAGGCGAAGGAGCUGAUCGCGGAGCAGGUCCGGCGCCUGGAGGACGCGAAGAAGAAGGCCAUAGAGCUGGAGAAGCAGGUGAAGCUCACCGCCAGGGAGAUGCGGGAGUGGAAGGCCAAGUCCGAAGACUUUGAAAAGGAGCUAAACAGAACGAGAGACCUCCUCGCCGAGGCGAUUGCCCGGGCCGAGCGGGCGGAGGCAGACGCGGAGGCCAUGAGGAAGCAGGCGGCCAUGGAGAGGGCCGAGAAGGAGCGGACGCUCCAGGAGCUGGCCGCCACCCAGGAGCAACUCAGAAAGACAGAGGAGAUGGUGCGCAAGAAGCAGAAGAAGAUAGAGUAUCUGCAGUCCCAGCUCGCGGAGCUGGGCGCGGACAGCGAUAGCGAUGCCCCGCCAGACGAGCGCGAACCGGCCUUCUUCCUGAACAAGGACGGCGCCAAGGAGCCACGGCCCAGGACGAAGAAGGAGCGGGUGAACAUGGCGAAGAGGGAGGCCGAAACCGCGCGCUUCGAGCUGCGCCUCGGCAUCGCGUCCAUGAUCGACAAGGACCUCGGCAACGCCGAGACCAUCAACAGACUGAAGGAGCAGCUCGAGGUGUCCCAGAGGGAGGUGCAGGAGGUGCGGUGGGCGAACAAGGUCCAGAGGGCGCCAGCCGUGCAUCUGCGCAGCGACCCUCCCUGGGCACACCUUGUGCCCAGGGGCCUGCGGGCGCGGCGCGGCGGCCGCCGGGCGCGGAUGGACGCGGCACUGCUGCGGGACGGCUUGCGCGAGUGCGGGCGCAGAGCCGCUGUUGGCAGUCCGAAGGCGCGGACUGCGCCAGCGCGGUUCGCGCGCACGAGGGCGCGCGCGCACGAUCUCGUGGACGCCGCACGGGGUCACAGAAAGCAGGCCACGGAUCUCAAUCUCAGUAUGCGCGGCGUGUUGGGCAUCGUGCUGAGCGCAGACUAA